UAAAAUUUGUGUGAGCGUUAGUUGUGUCAGUCGAAGUGGUGUUACUGGAAGCCGGGUCAAAAUGGCAAAUAAAUUGAGUCACAACACAAUGCAAACCAUUGGAAUGUUUACUUAUUCAUUUUUUAUCCACUGGAAUACAGUACCUUAUCGUUAUCCUCCACCAUUCAAGCCACCUUUCAAUAAAGAUAUUUUAUUGGUACUACAGUAUUUGCCAUGUUAUCUUUCGUUGUGGAACUUUGUUAUACAAUAUUCGUUCUUCAGUGUGGCCUUUUUCGCCAUAACGUCAGAUCUACUCGAUGUCUCACAGAUAGUUAAGAAACGGCUCGAGUACGUUAGAGUUGUGGUGUUUCAUUCAGCAGUGGUACCUUUCGGAGUGACAACUUUCUUUUUCUUUUGGACACUUUACGCAUUCGACAGAGAGCUGAUCUACCCCGAAUCGCUCGACCAGUUUAUUCCAGCUUGGAUAAAUCACACACUCCAUACACUUAUUAUGGUACCGAUUAUCCUCGAGUUCAUUUUACCCAAAAAACGACACUAUUUACCCGCCGAAAUUCCCAGUAUAAUCACCUUCGCUUUAUCAAUUAUUUAUGUAGGAAUGGUUUUUACUGUCCAUUAUUACCAAGGUGUGUGGAUAUAUCCUUUUUUAAACGGCAUGCACCCCAUAGUGCAUUAUGUGUUUGCCACAUUAUUUAUCAUGGGAACGACAGGGAUAGCACAAUUAGGAGCUCAUGCUCAGUAUAUGAGAAGUGCCAGCAGAUCCAGACGACGUUAAACUAGACGUAUUUUCUUAAUGAAAAGCAUUUUACAUGUCAAUUCAAAAUGGAUAAGUUCAUCUUCAUACAUUAUUGAAUUGAAAUGAAUUAUUGUAAACAAUUUUAAAAUUUGUUUAUUUUGAUAGAUGUUUUUAAAUUAA